UAUGAACUCUGAAAUAAAAGCCUAAGCAGCUGCCAUCUUGUGCCAAUGGUUGUGUAGUGUCGGAUCGCCAUAUCGCCACAACGCCAUAACGCUAUAUCGCCAUAUUUGGUAGAAAUCACUUGUUGUAUCACGCGAAUUCGCCAAUCAUCAUACCCCCUGCUAAAACCCACGUGUCAGCGGCCUUAACAGGUACCGAAGCCGAUAUCUGCACGUUACGCAUUGCCCCUGCGUUCAAUUCAGGCUUUCCCCGCCCCCAACGCUCUUAUCAAGAAACUGGCAGUUCUGGCAAUCCUGUCAAUCCUCUCCAAAGUAUCUUGGCCUGCCAGCGCAAUGAGCGCGCCGAUAAUGUUGAAAUUCUGUUUGCGAAACUUAACAUGAACUCGCUCACCAUCCUGGAAACAGCGGGCACACUGUCAAACCUGCUGAGGGCGCUUGGCAAGACACUUUUGAACGUGGCAGAGCUGCGACGGCAAUGGGGAGACGAUGAUCUAACGGUCUUGGCACUGGAAAAUCAGCUGCUGACGUUAAGGGGAGCUAUGAGCCAGACCAACGUCUGGAUUGAGCAAUCUUUAUCAUCGCAGCUCGGGCUACCCAACAUGCAUCACCAGCUGGUGCUCGGCCUGGACCGAUGUAUCGCUUGUUGCCGGUUGCUCAUCAUAAAGGUCGAUGCUGACAUGCUCCAGCUCCAGCAGACGACUACAGGACAUAAACCGGGCUUCUCCAGAUUAUUCCCUAAGAUGAGAAACUUGAGGACAAGAAACCUGAAAAAGCUGCAGCUCAUGAUUCAGCAGCAGACGUCGGCGCUGACACUUUUACUCACGGCCUGCAAUACUGCUGCAAUUUCACAACAAGAGGCGCUACUGGCAACACCACAAACACGACGCGUCUUGGAGGCUAUGGAGGACAACACAUCGUCAUUGUUCAUGCACAGGGACACGGACUCACUCGUCAUGUCAUCAUCGUCAUCGUCAGCUUCCUCAUCUGGCUCAUCCUUUGGCGGCGCAUCCAGGCGACUGUUGAAAUUCGAUUUCGACCAGCAGCUCUUCGUGUCGCAGGUUUACCAGCAGUGGUCCCGUAGUUUUCUGAGAAGGCAGUCGCGGGAAGAAGAUACGGAGCGGAAAGCUCUGAACACCGCCACGCCCUACGUGAACACAGAGGACAAGUUUUCAGCAGAUGGUUACCAGGUCGAGACCAGGGAAAAGUUCUUCAUACUGCCACCGAUCAUAACAAAUGACAAGCUUGUUGCUUACGACACCAGCGAGAUACCCGUCGAAACGAAAGAAAAAUUUACAGUGGACCCGACUGAUGUGAUCGAGAAGAUUCCUGUAGAAGGAAAAUGGAUGACCCCAGUCGAGACCAAGGAGAAAUUCAUCGUCAGCCCGACCGACGGAAGCCUGUACUCCGCCACAGCCAAUGACUCACUUUCAGUGUCUAGCCCGAGUACUCUAAGCUGGACGCGCAGCAAUGACUCGUCAAGUAAGAGCAUAUGGAGACGUCGGCGUUUUACGACCGAAAUGAACGAGGAUAGAACCCUUCGUACACGAUCUCGUGCUAUUGAUAACGUAUUGAAGCAAGAGCAGAGACGCAAGAAACCGUACGAGUCCAAGGUCCUGCUCUUUGGGUCCCAGUCGAGGUCUCAGCUAAUGACAGCUGCACACAUGAAAGACAAGAAGACGCACACGGCUCAGGAACUAGAUGACUACAGAGAUGUGAUUUUGAGAAACCUGAAAGAGUGCGCGCUGGUACUCGUUGAGCAGAUGCGCGACGCUCAGCUGCGCUCGGAAUCACAAUAUCUGUGGGGUUACGUGGACGCAAUAGAGACCUAUCACAGCAACAGCGAUUCGAAACCCCAUUGGGCAGCGGAAGAGCUGGACAAGAGAUUCGUGGAGGGUCUACGGACGAUACUGAAGGAUCCACUUGUCCAGGACCUGAUACGACAGUGUUAUCCCGGACGCAUUGGGGUUUGGCCUGGACCUGGCAAAUAUUAUUUUGACUCUUUAUCACGUAUAUCAGCAGCCGAAUAUGUGCCGACAGACCUAGACAUCCUCCGCCUGACAACUUUCCACUCCGACACACGAGGUACUCCUACAGUCGAAGUGUUGGAUCAAAAUCUCGCCAUGGCACUCGUGGACGUGGGCGGACUGACCGGGAAGACCCGAAAAUGGAUGCACCAGUUUGAGGCUGCCCAACUCAUCGUCUUCGUCGUCGACCUCGAAGAGUGUCACGAAGCAGGACAGAUGAUCGAAACCAUGCAGGAGGCAAAAAACUUGGUAGAAUCGCCUUGGUUUUCGGACACGAACAUCAUGAUUCUCCUUGACGUGCGUAUGGCCGACGAGGCCGCUGGGACAAUCAGCGGCAACCUUGUGAGAACGGCAUUAUCCAUGUUGGGGAAAUUUCAAGAGCUUCAGCCUGAUCGCCUAUCUGUGUCAUUAUGUUCCAUACAGACCGAUGGAGGAAAGGUGAUUGGGAUGAUUCUGUCUGCGAUACGGGAGCUAAUCUUGAGGAAAACAAUACAAGACGGAAUCAUGGCAUUCUAAAAAAGAGAAAAAGAAGAAAAGGCCAACACGUGAUUCGACCCUGCAACCGACACAUGUCGCCAGAUCUCAUGAACUGGAGGUCUGGACUUUGCACUUCCAGUUCUCGCCUCGCCGGCUCUGCAAUGUUUGAAAUACGCGCCCGGGAGCCAUGGCCUCUCCAAGG